GUCCUCGGUGACCCCAGCUGGGAUUUAGCCUGGUGCUGUGUCAGCUCCGGACUCCCAGGGGUCCCCAGUGGUCCCCAGGCACCCUCGGCACGGCCAGGGCGUCUCCCUCGUCCAGUGAGGGCAGGGACGGGCCACAGGCCAAGGGCAGCAGUCAGGCCCGCUCUGGCUGUGAGUGCCGCUGGCUCGGCCUCGGCCAAUGGGCCCUCGCGUCUGAGGCGGGCAAGAAGCCAGCUCCGGGAUGGAUUUCGGGUCCCUGGAGACUGUGGUGGCCAACUCUGCGUUCAUCGCUGCCCGAGGCAGCUUUGACGGGAGCAGCUCCCAGUCCUCCCGGGACAAGAAGUACCUGGCCAAGCUCAAGCUGCCCCCGCUGUCCAAGUGUGAGUCCCUCCGCACCAGCCUCAGCCUGGAGUUCGAGAGCGUGUGCUUGGAGCAGCCCAUCGGCAAGAAGCUCUUCCAGCAGUUCCUGCAGUCGGGGGAGAAGCACCUGCCGGCCCUGGAGCUCUGGAAAGACAUCGAGGACUACGACACAGUGGACGAUGACCUCCGGCCGCAGAAGGCCAAGACCAUACUGGCCCACUACCUGGACCCCCAGGCUAAGCUCUUCUGCAGCUUUCUGGAUGAGGGGUCGGUGACCAAGUGUAAGGAAGGGUCCGUGGAGAGCCAAGACAGGCUCUUCCAGCCUCUGCUCCAGGCCACCCUGGCACACCUGAGCCAGGCCCCCUUCCAGGAGUACCUGGACAGUCUGCACUUCCUGAGGUUCCUGCAGUGGAAGUGGCUGGAAGCCCAGCCCAUGGGGGAGGACUGGUUCCUGGACUUCAGGGUCCUGGGGAAAGGGGGCUUCGGGGAGGUGUCGGCCUGCCAGAUGAAGGCCACCGGCAAGCUGUAUGCCUGCAAGAAGCUGAACAAGAAGCGGCUGAAGAAGAGGAAGGGCUACCAGGGUGCUAUGGUGGAGAAGAAGAUUCUGAUGAAGGUGCACAACAGGUUCAUUGUGUCUCUGGCCUAUGCAUUUGAAACCAAAGCCGACCUCUGUCUGGUGAUGACCAUCAUGAACGGAGGCGACCUCAGGUACCACAUCUACAACGUGAACGAGGAGAACCCUGGCUUCCCUGAGCCGCGUGCCGUCUUCUACACGGCGCAGAUCAUCUGCGGCCUGGAGCACCUGCACCAGCGGAGGAUUGUGUACCGCGACCUCAAGCCCGAGAAUGUCCUGCUGGACAACGAUGAGCUGGCUCGGGUGGGUGGCAGGCAGGCGCCUGAACUUCUCCUGGAGUCUGACUUACGAGAGCAGACAUCUGCCAAGGACGGUGUCUGUGGCCGGGGUGAGUGCCCGCUGGAGACGUGGCUGCCUCUGAACCCACAAUGUCCCUGCAAUGGCCGGGACAAGCACUCACCAGGGACCUGGCUGCCUCUGAACCCACAAUGUCCCUGCAAUGGCCAGGACAAGCACUCACCAGGGACCUGGCUGCCUCUGAACCCACAAUGUCCCUGCAAUGGCCGGGGCGAGUGUCCACUGGGGACGUGGCCACCUCUGAACCCACAAUGUCCCUGCAAUGGCCGGGGCGAGUGUCCCCUGGGGACGUGGCCACCUCUGAACCCACAAUGUCCCUUGCUGGCAGGUUUCAUGGCCCCCGAGCUCCUGCGGGGUGAGGAGUAUGACUUCUCCGUGGACUACUUUGCCCUGGGGGUCACCUUGUAUGAGAUGAUUGUGGCCAGAGGACCCUUCCGAGCCCGUGGAGAGAAGGUGGAGAACAAGGAGCUGAAGCAGCGGAUCCUCGAGGAGCCUGUGAAGUACCCCGACAAGUUCAGCCAGGCCAGCAAGGACUUCUGCGAGGCGCUGCUGGAGAAGGACCCCGAGAAGCGCCUGGGGUUCCAGGACCAGACCUGCGACAGGCUCCGUGCCCACCCCCUCUUCAAGGACAUUAACUGGAGGCAGCUGGAGGCCGGGAUGCUGAUACCCCCUUUCAUCCCAGAUUCCAAAACUGUCUACGCAAAGGAUAUUCAGGACGUGGGUGCCUUUUCCACUGUCAAAGGUGUGGCCUUUGACAAAACAGACACAGAAUUCUUUCAGGAAUUCGCCACUGGCAACUGCCCCAUCCCCUGGCAGGAGGAGAUGAUUGAGACGGGCAUCUUCGGCGAGCUGAAUGUGUGGCGCUCGGACGGUCAGAUGCCAGAUGACAUGAAGGGCAUCUCCAGGGACUCCAGCUCCUCCUCCAAGUCAGGGAUGUGUCUGGUUUCCUAGGCAAUGCUCCAGAGCCCACGCGGAGGAAAAGGACCUGCAGGGCUCGGUGGGGGCCGCCUGCCUCUGUGGUGCCAGCCUGGGGUCUGCCAGCGAGGGGACACGCAGCUCCCUCCACCCAGGUCCCCAUCAUGCUGGCUCCUUGCGGCCCAAGGAGGAGAAAGCCUGAAUCAGCUUGCCAAGCCACCAGACGCCCGCCCUGGUGCUGUGAGCCCCUGACCGAAUAGUCCACUCAUUCUGCUCCAUUUUACUAAGAAGACUUAAGAUGCUCUCUGGAGGAAAUAAGCCAAAAAUCUGCAAACUCUUA